UUGACGAGAAUAGACAUCAUUCAGCCACCAGCGUUUGUAUCAACAGUUGUAAAGUAAUAAUAAGUGUCAAACAAAUAAAAAAAGGCAUAAUGAUCAAGAUCGUUUCCAUUCUCGUUGUUCUCGUCGGCGUCGCCAGAGCAGGAAAUGUCGAAUACGGGUACGCAGCGUCCCCACAAAUCGUGGCACACGCCCCAGCCAUCCGGGCUGAACCUUACGACCCCCACCCACAAUACAACUACGGCUACUCGGUUUCCGACCCCUUGACCGGUGACCACCACAACGCCCAAGAAUCCCGAGACGGCGACCUUGUCCGAGGAUCUUACUCGCUCGUCGAGCCGGGCGGUGCUAUCCGAACGGUCACCUACACUGCUGACGCCAUCAACGGCUUCAACGCCAUCGUCAACCGACAAGAACCACAAGUCGCUGUCGCCCAACAUGUCGUUGCUGCUCCUCCUGUCCGAGUUGCCCAACCAGUUUACGCUGCUGCUGCGCCCGCUUAUCAUGCCGCCCCAGCUUAUCAUGCCACCCCUGCUAUUAGUUACGCAGGAUCUAUUGGAGCUUAUGGUGGUGGUUAUGGAGCCAUCGGGGGUUAUCAUCAUUAAAUCUUGUCAAUAAUUCAGAGUAGUAAAUUAUGAACAUUUUCUAGAAUUUUAUGACUUUGUAAUACGUAUAAAAUAAUUAGCUCUCUGUGAUACAAAAGUUUAUAUAGUUUGAAAAUCUGUGAUAAUUUCCUAAAAAUGAAACCGAUGGUAAAAUUAGCUUGGAAAUCUGUGAUAAUUUUCUAUUUUUAAGAAUAAAACCGAUACUAAAAUUAAAUUUCAAAAUCUGUGAUAAUUUUCAAUCCACUGAAAUAAAACCUCUGGUAAAAUAA